UUUCGAAAAUGCUCAGGUGAAAGCAAGGCAGUUGGCCAUUUUGGAUGAGGCUAUCAUUGACUGGUACUUAGAGCAGAAAAAGGACGUCGAGGAGGAAUACGACACGGCAGAUAAGUACCAGCAUGACUUUCGUCUGCUCAAGAAAAAAUUUGACAGAGCCUGUGCAGCACAGAAAUCUGCAGAAGACCGUGAGGAUCGACAACCCAAACGCCAAUUCAAACUCCCACAAUUGGAAUUAGUGAAGUUCGACGGAAAUAUUAAAAAUUGGCUACCUUUUUGGGGUCAAUUCGUCAAAAUUCACAGUGAUAGUUCUAUCGAUAACAGUGACAAAUUUCAAUAUCUAGUUGCCGCCAUCCCCAAGGGUACACCUGCGAGGGAAUUGAUUGAUAGUUUUCCUCCUUCUAGCGACAGCUACCCAAUGGCCAUUGAACACUUGAAGCAGCGAUUUGGUCGUGAAGACCUUUUAAUCGAAGUGUAUAUUCGUGAGUUGCUAAACCUUAUUCUUUCACAGGCAAAACAUGAAUAUGAGCUGCCACUCAGUUCGUUGUACGACCAAUUGACGACUCAGCUUCGGGCCUUGGAAACCAUGGGACUUACCAGCGACAAGUACGCAUUAUUGUUGUUCCCAUUGGUUGAGUCAGCAUUGCCGUCGGAUACACUAAAGGCAUGGGAGCGUUCGCGAACAGGUACGCUGGCAUAUCAGGGCAAUAAUUUAAACAAUUUGCUUUCAUUUUUGAAACACGAAGUAGAGAGUAACCAGCGAAUUGUGUUAGCUAGAUCCGCGUUUAACAAAAGUGAUGUUUUGGAUUCAAUUUCAAAAGAAGACGCGGUACCUACUACUUCAUGUUUCGUCAGUAACGAGCAAAAGAGCGCGAAAUCUAAAGAGAAUUGCAUUUGGUGUGAUAAGGAUUCUCAUAUAAGUGCUCAUUGUGCCAAGGCAGUCACACUCAGCCUUGACGAUAGGAGAAAACACAUAAAAAAGGUCAAGGGUUGUUCUAACUGUCUUAGACUAGGGCACAGUUCAUUCAAGUGUAGAGCGUUUAUUAAAUGUGUAGCAUGCCAUAGGCGUCAUAACGUAUUAUUCUGCACUGAAAUCAAUAAACACAUUCCAAAACAUUCUGAGCAAGAAUCAAAACCAAAACGUGACAGCCAACUGUCAACAAGUCAUUUUAAAAGUGUCACUUUAUUACAGACGUUGCUAAUCAAAAUAAUUGUAGACAGCAAAGAGGUGACAGUUCGUGCUUUAAUUGACAGUGGCGCACAGAGGUCUUAUAUUAAGCGGAGUUUAGCUCAGAAUUUGAAUUUAACCCCUGUUAGGCAGGAGGAAUUAGGACAUGUUGUUUUUGGUGGUCUUGAAACCAAAAAGGAGAUGCAUGCCAUGUAUAACAUAACGGUUUCGAAUUUACAGGGUUCCUUUAAAAUUCCCAUGGAGGUAUUAGAUGAAGAUCGGAUUUGUGGUUAUUUACCUAGGGCGCAUGACCGUGCUUUAUUGGAGCAACUUCGCGCUCUAGAUAUUAGCUUGACAGAUGUCGGACAUGACAUUCCGGAAAUAAGUUUGUUAAUUGGUGCGAUUACAGUGGAUUGCUGUUAACAAGUAAGCUAGUGCAGUUAAAUAAUAGGCUUACAGCAGUUCAUACCAAGCUAGGAUGGACGUUACAAGGUGUAACUGAUAUUUCAGACACUAGUUCAUUUACGACAAACCUUUUAAUAAACGAUAUUAACGAUUUAUGGAACUUAGAGUCUU